AUGUCUUACAAUGCAGAAAACAAAAAGUUACCGUUACAUCCGCCAAGUGAGAAAUCUCGUCGUAAUGAGCCGCUAAAAGUGGCAAAUGUGCGUACACGGCCUGGUUUAGCUCGCGCGCCUAAUAUUCCAACGACCAGACCGCCAAGGACAAUUACAAAACCGAGACAAUCACUGCUUCCACCAAAAGCUAGUCAAGUAGUAAUGAAAUGUGAUAAGCCUCUAAAAGACGAGAAUAAAAAUAAUUGUAAAUUGGCUCAGUCCAAAAUAAAGCCUUCAUCAUCUUCAAAGUCUGAGCUGUCAGUUUCUGGCUUGCCAACAUCGUCGACAGUUCUGGCAGCUCGUACUGCUAAAGCAGGUCGUGGACAGGUUUCUGUGGUUACGAAAAUGGAAUUGGAUGAAUGUGCAAAAAUCAAACGAUUGGGAGACGCUGUUCGAGGCUUUGACAUCCUCGCUAUUGUAUUUAACCAACAUGUUGAAAAAGUGCGCUAA